GGUUGGCUAAGCGGGAGGCAACUCAAAUGGCAUACAAAUUUCAAGUGUAACAAAUGACAAAAUGGGGUCAGCCGCUUCAACAUGUCUCCGAGCAGCGCGGUGAUGGCAAAACGAAAUGGCAGAGAAGCAAAUUCCCAAGUGAAGCAGUUACCUUUUGCAAGAGCAUCAACACGAAAUUGCAAUGAAAUGGACACCUUUAUCAUCUUACGGUGCAUGUACAUGUAUCCAGCGCCGGUGAGGUGUCGAUGGGCGAUGACACCAUUGGAUUUGUCUUCUAGAACUCGCCGCCGAAGACAAUCGAAGCGAGAUCGUCGGCCGAUUGCGGAUACCUUGAACUCCAAUCUGCAUAUGCAAACCAGGUUGGACGGCGGCAGACCAGGUGCCAUCGCCGAGUUGUGCGAGUGUGUUGGCCAGUGGUUUCGCUGCUCAACGGCACACGCAGGAGGUGGACGAGGCAAUGCCAUGAAUCCUCCAGCGCGCGUCCAUUUGGACCGCGGCCGCGCUUCCCGCCGAGAAAACGACUUCGGCGGUAGACAGUCUCCAUUUUUUUGGGCGCUAAUGGUCAGAGGUGGCAUGCGAGAAGCUGGCCUCAUUGCCGCCAUUAUGGAGCCAGUGUUUCUUCCAUUGCAAGUCAUAAGUCUUGGUCCGCCGCUAGGUGGUGGACCUGGGACCGCAAACACGCUGCGCUCUAUUUUUCACGAUAAAUUCGAAGAUGCGUCGAAGCUGGCGCCUUGUCUGCUGCGGGCUUCUCCGGCUCACUUUCCCUCCAGCUCCUGUCUGCUGGUGCUGAAUGCAAACCGAUCGAGGCUCGACCGAAGCGCUGCUACAGCUACUGCUGGCUGGACGGUGGUCUGCGCUGAUGACGAAUUGAUGGAAGCCUCCUUUACUACAUGUGCCUCCGCUCCAGCGGAAUGUCACUGCAUUUUGCCAACACGUGCCCACCAAAUUGGUGACCCAAGUUUACCAAUUUGGAGCAACCCGAAGCUGAUCCGCAAAAUCGAAUUACCGAAUAAUGGUACUUUUGUCUGUCAACAUUUGGCAACAGGUUUUUCAAAAGAGGUGCACGUUGCGUGAGAGGAAGCAGGAAACCGCAAC